GCAUCCUGUACCGGUCUACUCUAGGUUUUGUAAUCAGUAAUUUUGCUAGUAAACGUACGAGAAAGGCUAAGCCAUCUAGCGGUGAAAAUUGACCAUCUCACUAGUAGAGAACGAAAAGUGAAAAUUUUUCGAAGCAUCAUGGCCGAAGAGGCACUGGAAGUCCGCCAGCUUGAAAUUCUUUGCAAAAAUCUGUAUGAAUCAACUAAUGCUUCUGAAAGAGCAGAUGCUGAGAAAGCUUUGGUUGGGUUUCAGAAUUCACCAACCAGCCUCAAUAAAUGUCAAUUACUUCUUGAACGAGGAGACUCAUCAUACAGCCAAUUGCUUGCUGCCACAACAUUGACAAGGCUGUGCUCAAGACCAUCACCUGUUUUAACAUUGCAGCAACGGCUGGACAUAAGGAAUUAUAUUUUGAGUUACUUGAUGGCAAGACCUAAGCUAGCACCUUUUGUCACACAAGCAUUGAUUACUCUCUUUGCUCGCAUUACCAAACUUGGAUGGUUUGAAUUUUCUCCUGAAAAGGAAAAUGAUUAUGUUUUUCGGAAUGUCAUUGGUGAUGUUUCUCAAUUUUUGCAGAGCUCUGUAGUGGAACAUGCUGGAAUUGGUGUUCAAUUAUUGUGGCAGUUGGUGUCAGAAAUGAAUCAAUUGAGUGAAUCUGAUGCAACGUUGACAUUGACGAAACAUCGGAAAAUCGCCUCCAGUUUUCGAGACGUUCAUCUGUAUGAAAUUUUCCAGCUUAGCUGUACUUUGUUGCGAAAUACAUUGGAAAAUUUCCGUAACAUGAAUUUCGAGGAUCAAGGACAGCAUAAUUUCUUGAACCAGUUGUUGCGCCUGGCCCAUAAUUGUCUCACCUAUGAUUUUAUUGGCACAUCUACCGAUGAAUCGUCGGACGAUUUAACUACUGUUCAAAUGCCUACACAAUGGAGGCCUGCCCUGCUGGACCCAGCUACUCUUCAGCUCUUUUUUGAUUUGUACGAUGCGCUGCCGUCUUCUCUUUCACCAAUGGCGUUAUCAUGCCUCGUACAAAUGGCUGCCGUCCGUCGAUCUUUAUUUGAUAAUGCUGAAAGAGCCAAAUUCUUGAAUCAUGUGGUGACGGGAGUCAAACGAAUUUUACAGCAAAAUGCACAGAGUUUGAGUGAACCCAAUAAUUAUCAUGAAUUCUGCCGCCUCCUAGCACGUCUUAAGACAAAUUAUCAGCUUGGAGAGUUAGUCAUGGUUGAUCAUUAUAGGGAUGUUAUUCAGCUUAUAGCUAAAUUCACCGUGGAGAGUUUGCAGAUGUGGCAAUUUGCACCCAAUUCAGUCCAUUAUUUACUGUCACUUUGGCAGCGAAUGGUUGCUUCAGUGCCAUACGUAAAAGCAACCGAACCGCAUUACCUUGAAACCUACACGCCUGAAGUGACUUCUGCUUACGUUCAGUCGCGUCUGGAAGCUGUCGCCAUGGUUAUGAGAGAAGGCCUAGAAGAUCCAUUGGACGAUAUGGGGCUAGUACAACAGCAGCUUGAACAAAUCAGCGUCAUUAUGAGAAUGGAUUAUGCCAAAACAUGUUCUUUGCUUAUCAGCCUCUUCGAACAAUCUGCACAGUCAUUCCAAGAACUUGUCCGAUCGCCUAUUGCCACGUCUGUGGACUUGGCUAUACAGGAAGGCCGGUUAACGUGGCUAGUGUACAUAAUUGGUGCCGCAAUUGGCGGUCGAGUUUCCUUUACUUCGAGCGAUGAACAUGAUUCGAUGGAUGGGGAAUUAGUUUGCCGAGUUUUACAAUUAAUGAACUUGACCGAUAGCAGACUACAAGUUACUGGUGGAUGUGAAAAACUGGAAUUAGCUAUGCUUUCCUUUUUUGAGCAAUUUCGCAAAAUCUAUGUUGGCGAUCAAGUGCAGAUGACCUCAAAAGUGUAUCGGGGGUUGUCAGAUGUGUUAGGCCUUCGUGACGAAUCUAUGGUUCUAAGCGUUUUUGUUCGGAAGAUUAUUACGAACCUGAAAUAUUGGAGUCAUCGCGAACCUAUUGUUGCCAAGACACUGCUGCUUCUCAAUGAGCUAUGCGUUGGUUAUAGCAGUGUAAGGAAGCUUGUUAAACUUGAAGAGAUCCAAUUCAUUCUACAAAAUCAUACGAGUGAGCAUUUUCCGUUCCUGGGUCCAAAUGUUGACAUCAGUGAAAUGAAGUGUCGAACAACAUUUUAUACGUCGAUGGGUCGCCUACUGUUGGUAGAUUUGGGUGAAGAUGAAGAUCGUUUCGAGCAAUUCAUGUUACCUUUAGCCAGUGCAUUCGAUUCAUUAGGAGCUUUGCUGACACAGGCAGACUCCCCCAUGUUCAGUCAAGUAGAAGAGGCGCAAAAAUGCGUUAUUGGACUAGCCAGAGACCUUCGAGGCUUGGCAUUCGCCUUCAAUACCAAGCAGUCGUAUAUGAUGCUCUUUGAUUGGUUAUACCCCGACUAUGCGGCAGUAUAUCUCAGAGCCUUGCAGUUAUGGUAUCAUCAGCCCCAGGUAACGAGUCCAUUGCUUAAGCUGUUUGCGGAAUUGGUACAAAAUCGGAGUCAACGAUUGCAAUUUGAUUCUACUUCUCCUAAUGGUGUCCUGUUAUUCCGCGAGGCCUCGAAAGUGCUCUGCUCGUAUGGUGAUAGGAUUUUGAGUGUUGAAGUACCCAAAGAACAGAUUUACGCCGCCAAGUUUAAAGGCAUCUCAGUGUGUUUCUCUCUGCUUAAGGCAGCUUUGUGUGGCGGAUAUGUAAAUUUCGGAGUCUUCCGUCUCUACGGCGAUACGGCCUUAGAUGACGCUUUAAGCACCUUCGUCAAAAUGCUCAUGUCUAUACCGCAAAGUGAUCUCUUAGCUUACCCUAAGUUGAGUCAGACCUACUAUGUGCUGCUGGAGUGUCUUGCUCAAGAUCACAUGGUGUUUCUCAGCUCGUUAGAGCCACAUGUUUUCCUAUACAUUCUCUCAACUGUCCAAGAAGGCCUCACUGCACUAGAUACCAUGAUCUGCACUGGCUGCUGCAACACACUAGACCAUAUCGUAACAUACGUAUUCCGACAGUUGACGGCGAAAGGCAAAAAAGCUCGUAAAGUUGUCGAACAACAACAGGGAGCGCAACUCAUUCGUCUGAUGGAGAUUCGUCCAGAGUUAUUGCAACAGAUGCUGAGUUGUAUCCUGAAUAUCGUUAUGUUUGAAGAAUGCCGAAAUCAGUAUUCCAUGUCUCGUCCUCUGCUUGGCCUCAUUUUACUGAAUGAAGAUUAUUUUGGGCAACUGCGCCAAUCUAUCAUUCGCAGUCAGCCGGUCGACAAGCAGAGUCUUAUGGCCCAGUGGUUUGACAACUUGAUGGAUGGCAUUGAGAGGAACGUCACCGCAAAAAAUCGAGACAGAUUUACUCAAAAUUUAUCACUUUUCCGACGAGAUGUUAACGAAUCCUUGAAAGGACCUGUGAAUAACCCAUUAAUUUCCAACAACGACAUGAUGACCUAGCGCACUGCUCGUUUCAUCGUGGAUGGUGAUUGUUUAUUAUAAUAUCGUCCUCGAUUAGUGAGAGUUUACACCCAUUUAUCAUCAUGGAAUGUAUCGCAUGUGGCAAUGUUUUUUUACUUUCACAUGCUUCAUUUUUUUUUUUUUUUUUUUGAUUGCAACAAACAAAUUGUUUCACAUCCACCCAAGUCACUUUUUUUUGCUUUUGUUUAUGUAACCAAGAAUGAGGUAAUGAGUCGACAAUGAUGUACGGCGUAAAAAUGUGAAUUCUGAAAAAAAAAAAAGCAUCCAAAUUCUGAAAAA